AUGGAUACUAAUGAACCUUCUCAAGGGGUUUGUAAUGCUCAAACUUCCACUGAUGAUGCAUCACCAUCAAGUCAUGCGGUCGCCGGUUCAGGUACAUCAACGACAACAGGUCCUGAAGAAACAGAAGAUUCAUUCCCACCGCUAAUGACACCUGCAGAAGUUACUCGAUUAAUCAUGUUUCUAUUUGAUGCUUCAGAAAAUGAUGAUUUAAACUCCUCGCAGUUAGGUGAACCAACUUCUGGAAUUAUGACAGAUGAAUAUUCUACUGAUCAUGACAGUACUUUGAGUUCAGCUUUUCGUGGUCGUAAUCCUCUCUUUAGCACACCUAGAGCAUCCAGUUCUGGCUCAGAUGCUUUAAAGUCGAUUAAACAAUCAGCAAAUCAAACUAGUCCAACAGUAUCUACAUCAAGUAACCCACUAGAACGUGAAUCUCGUAAAGCUGGUCUAUCCUUAAGCGAAUUACAAAGAGCAGUAGAUUUGGGAAAGAAAAACGGCGAAUGGUCUUGUCUUAUAUUUUUGUUGAAUUCUGUUUUCAGUUCAUAUGAAGCAUUGUCAAGAAGUUUCUUAGACAUGCCUGAUUCUGCUGAUACAACAAAGUAUGCUAAUUAUGCAAAGACAACUGAUGCGUGUAAUAAUGCUUCAUUAUGUAUUACGAGUGCUAAAAAGCUGAAACAUGACAAUGAAGGCGGUAUUAUUCAACAGUGUAAUGUGGAUGAUGAUGAUGAUACUGCUACUACUACUAAUGAUGGUUUAACUGCUCACAUUACAAAAUCCACAGGUGAUACAAACGUGGAGCAUGCUGUAAAUCGUUGUACAAGCGAUCCAAUCCCUAUGGAACAAGAUACUGAUCAACUAACGGAUAUGUCAAAUUCUCUUAGACCUAUUACAAGCAAAUCAACAAAUACUAGAUAUUGGCCAUCUGUUAAUCUGCAUGAUUUACGUCAAGCAUGGUCACUAAUUGUCUCUUUACGUGAACGUCAAAGUAUUGUUGAUACACUGAUGAGAGCUGUACGCCGACUGGUGGUAAUCAAUUUGCAUCAACUGUUGUUUAUUCAACCGCCUGAUGGUUUAGAUGAUGCUCAUCCUACGUCUGAUGAAAUAGCUAUUGAACAACAAAAAUUAGUCAAUCUAUUCAUUAUUCUAUAUGAAUGUCCAUUUGCAACAGAUCCAUUGCACUUUGAGCUUUUAUUACUGAAUAUCAAUCGUGCUGUUACAUGGCUCCCAACUACUAUACAAGUUAUGCUGUGCAAAGCAUGGGCCAACUCAGUGCAUCUUCCAUUGGCCAAUUGUACAGAACCACCGAAUCCAGAACAAACAAAUCUUUGGUGUUUGCAAAAAAUUCUACUGCAUCAUAUCACUCUACGUUGUUUAACCACAGAUCAUGUCCUGCCGAAUGAAGAUAAACAAAUAUGCGAAGCUGCACUUGUCUUACGGAUUGUCUAUUAUGCUAGCCUCCUGGCGGGUCAAAUGGAUUCACCAGAAUUAUUAGCGAAAGAAGCCGAGGAGAAUAAGAAUUUUGAAGUGCAAAUGCGUGCGCAUGUAGGACCUACUUAUGAAAGACGUUCUUCACGAACAAAUUUACCUGAAGAUCCAUUUGCCAAGGCAUUGAAUAUAUCGCCUAAUGAUUGUCGGAAACCAUUUAUCCCUUCUAAAGAUUUUGUAAAUGAAACGCUUAACGAUGGACUACAGCCUAAAAAAGACUACAUAUACUAUCGUUCAAAAGGUAUAUCGAAUGAAUUAAGUUUUAUGAAAUUACCAUUUCUUCUACAAACCAGUUCUAAAUCUGUUCUCUUAUAUUAUGAUAAUCGUAUGCGCAUGUUGGAUGAACGUCGUGGUGUACUGAUGCAUACACUUUUUAUGGAUACACCUGAAAUGCCAUUUUUUAAACUACGUGUUAGUCGUGAUAGAAUUGUUGAAGAUGCUUUACUAAUAUUGGAAAUUACAUGUAUGGAAAAUCCUGGCGAUUUUAAAAAACAGUUACUCAUUGAAUUCGAAGGUGAACAGGGGAUUGAUGAAGGUGGACUUAGUAAAGAGUUUUUCCAACUUAUUAUUGAACGAAUCUUUAAUCCAGACUAUGGUAUGUUUGUAUUGGAUGAUGAAACUCAAAACUAUUGGUUUAAUCCAGCUCCUAUUGAUGAUAUGGAACGUGAAUACUGUCUAAUUGGUACUUUACUCGGUUUGGCAAUCUAUAAUGAUGUUAUAUUGGAUAUUAAUUUCCCAUCGGUUUUAUACCGAAAGUUAUUCGGGAAAUUGGGUACAUUUGAGGAUCUAUUUGAUGCUAGACCUAGUUUAGCCAAUGGAUUGAAAGCUCUAUUAGAGCAUGAAGGUGAUGAUAUUGAAGAGGUGUUCGGGUGUUCAUUUGCCGUCAAUUAUCUCGAUUCAUUUGGCAGUGUGAUUACGCAUGAAUUAAAGCCAAAUGGUGCUAAGAUUCCAGUUACAAAAGAAAAUCGUAAAGAGUAUAUCGAUUUGUAUACAAAUUUCUUAUUAAAUGAAUCUGUACGAAAACAGUUUAAUGCAUUCCGUAGAGGAUUUCAAAUGGUUGUUGAUGAAAGUCCAUUGACAUUUCUAUUUCGUCCAGAUGAAUUAGAACUACUUAUUCGUGGUAGUCCAGUAUAUGAUUUUAAAGAAUUGGAACGCGUGACAACGUAUGAAGAGUAUACAGCGGAUUCACCUGUGAUUAAAAAUUUUUGGUCUGUAGUUCAUUCAAUGACUGAAGGUCAACAGAAGCAAUUAUUACAAUUCUCCACUGGUUCUGAUCGUGUCCCAGUUGGGGGAAUGUCUAAAAUGAAAUUCACUAUUGCACGUCAAGGUGCUGAUACAAAUAGGUUACCCUCUGCUCAUACCUGUUUCAAUAUCCUUUUACUACCAGAAUAUCAAAGUUUAGAAAAGUUGAAACAAUCUCUGCUACUGGCUAUUACGCAUUGCAAAGGAUUUGGAAUGUCAUAA